AUGAACAAGACAGCAGACGGCCAUGAUGGAGCAGAGGAACUUGAAGUGCUUUCGCAGAAUGUGUUGUUUUUGAUGAUGCUUAUUUUUUGCGGUGGCACAUUCUUUGCAACACAUAAGUCAAAAAUACCUCUACCGUAUACAGUAGUUUUAUUUUUGUACGGAAUCCUCGUCGGUUUUGUCGCGCACUGGAUCACCCCAGACGUUGCCGCAGCACUUGGUAACAUUCCACCGGAGCUCCUUUUCUACAUAUUUCUUCCAGUGUUAAUCUUUGAGGGAAGUUAUGCGAUGAAUGUGCAUGCGUUACGUUACGUGUUUCCUCAAGUGCUGCUUCUGGCAUCAGUUGGUGUUCUUAUUAACACAUGUCUACUUGCCCUACCUGUGGCGUGGUUUUUUCCAGAGUGGUCAUGGUAUGCAGCAUUACUCUUGGGAUCCUUGUUAUCUGCGACAGAUCCUGUGGCUGUGGUUUCGUUAUUAAAGGGUCUUGGCGUUGACAAUAGGAUUACAGCUAUGGUAGAUGGUGAGGCUAUUAUGAAUGAUGGUACAGCUAUCAUUGCGUUUAAACUCCUAUUACCUGCAGCGAGAGCGGGCUACAUGGGGGACCCAGUGUGGGUAAUCAUUCUAAAAAGCUUCCAACUUGCAUUUCUACCCAUUAUUGUUGGACCUGUCUUUGGAUUUAUACAAUCCUACUGGUUGCGCCGUGCCACCGGUGGGUUGGUUAAAGCAUGCAUCACAGUAUCUGUCACGUAUGUGUGUUACUAUGUCGCUGGAAACAUUAUAGGUACUAGUGGGGUCUUAACACUAUUUUUUAGCGGAACAUUUUUGAGCUUUUAUUGCCCUUCAUUGUUUCCUGGUCGCGAAGGGAAUUUGAUAUACAACAUAUGGGAAUUUCUGGUGCAUCUUGGAAACACAAUGCUGUUUUCUUUGGUGGGAGUCAUUUUGGUGGCCGAUGUGGUGCCUACAUUAAACAUGUUGGAUCUUCUAAUAAUUACCUGCAUGUACGCCGCAAUGCUAUUAGCACGCUUUUUAAUGCUAGAGAUACUUUUACCCAUUUUAAACCUUUUUUCGUAUCGACUGUCGCAGCAGGAGGUCACUCUACUUGCACAUGCAGGGCUUCGAGGUGGGGUCGCGGUUACGCUUGCCUUGGCGGUGCUUCAAACUGGAAUUGAGUCUGGGGUGAAUAUUUUAAAAGUCACCUGUGGAGUUGUACUUUUGACUCUGUUUUUAAACGCCACAACCGCCGAGCGAGUUGUGACGCUGCUGGGUCACAAACGUAAGGAGGAACAUCGCAUGGUGCAGAUGGACUACGCCUUGGAGUACCUGGAGGUUGUGAGUCAAAAGGCGCUUCAGCGCAACAAGAACAAGUCCUCCUACCGAAGUGCCAACUGGGCCGCCGCAGAGACGUAUGUGCAAGAACACCUCUGCAACCCUUAUAAAGGCAUGAGUUCCUUGAGAGAAGACGAUGACAUUGUUGUAAAUCGUCUUCUUAUGAAGGCCUUUAAGGCCUCCUUGUGGCGUCAGCGAGAUGAGGAUCUCAUCACUGAAACGGUUGUCUUAGCCAUAGGACGCGCCGUCGCACGAGCUAUCGAUGCGGGAAUGUUGAUUGAAGUCAAGGAUUUGCACGGGAGAAAGCUGUCUCCGCAUGUAGCAGUGACGGACGAAUUAGAGGCUCGCCUAAUAGAAGAAAAUCUUCUGCCGUUCUGGGUUACUGUUUUGGAAUGCUUUCUAGGUAAGGGAUACCUGGGCUGGGCGCACAUGCGUGUGCAGCAAAACGCCUUUAUGACGCUACUUUCCUUCUCACGGUGCCUUGACGAGAUAGGCCCUAUUAAAUAUCAGUACGCCAAAAAUGAACAACAGGGGCGACGCAUUGAAGCCUGGAUUACAUCACAGCGAGAGGAGGUGCGUCGUGUUAUUCGUCUCCUGUACGCAACCUAUCCUGUAGCCACGAUGUGCGUCACCACGACUCGUGCUGUCUUGACGGCUGUGGACCAAAUUCGUAAAGGCGUGGAGGAGUUGCAUGAGUCGCACGGGUUUGGGGCAAGACCUACCGCCGCCCUGGAGGAGAUGGUGCAUGACAUGUAUGAACGCAUACCACGAUCGUGGGAGGCGCCGCGAGUCGACAAUGAAUUGGUGAUUGCGGCUCUGGCAGCGACGCCGCUAGGUCGCGGACUGGAUCCUCAAGAAAUUAGCACAAUAAGUGCCAUGGGAAACGCCAAGAAUCUAAACGAGGGCGAUGAAAUACAACUGGACGAGAACUUGUUUUACGUUGUCGUUUUUGGUUCUUUAAAACCAAAACUUGGCCGAUGGACGGCGUCGAAUGAGGGUCAGCGCGGCUUCGGAUGCGUCCUUGGCCUGGAGCAGUUUGUGGUUCCCCCGCAGCUGCGUGAUAACCAGCUGAGCCGCUGGGUUGUGGCGAGUACCGAGUGCCAGCUUCUAUGUAUCGCGUACAGCUGCAUCAAGCCCUUUCUAUGGGAAAAAUCGGUGGCCGCCGUGCAGGCCUUUUGGCGGGCUGUGGCGGUGGAAACGCUCCUCCCUGCCCUGGAGCACAUGAUCACACUGCCGCCUCACCUGGCACAGUCGUCGCGCGACCACUUUACGAGUAUUAUGAUGAGCGGGGACCCGCUCAUUGGCCCCAAGGAGUGCAACGCCAAGGAGUGGUCGCGGCAGUUUCAACUAUGUUUUUACCUACGCGGGUCGGACACCACGGGUCUCUUUCGUAGCGGGCAUACCGCGCCGUGCUACAUCUCUGCAUUUUUUGCCCGGCGCCUAAAGUGGGAGGAUCCACGGGUCGUGCUCUACGCCGUUCCAGUAAACGUGAGCGAUAGUGGUUACGUUCCGUGGUCACAGAGCACCAACAACAGUUUAAGUGGGUCUUUGCCGCUACGCAGAUCAUCGUCGGUGGAGGUGGAUCUUUCUUCUGCGAUUAUGAUGGACUCUAUUCCCCAAGAAAUUUCCAGCACCUACGCAAAGGCGGCGGAUAUCUUUAGCAGCAUCCUUCUUGGAAACAUUCCCGGUGAGAGCCGUUCCAGCGUGUCUAGGCCUGAGCUCUCCUGCGUGGAUGUUAACGGCUUUGAAGACCAUGACGUCUGCAUCUUGCAAAAUCCAGAAGCUUUUGUCACGAAUGUGCCGUAUUUGAAUCAACUUUUUCUGCGCUACGCGACCGUGCUUGAAGUGCUCUGUAUUGCCGCCCUGCGUUACGUCCGUGUCCCGACGGACCCCCUAAACGUCCAGCAUGCUCGGUGCAUUUCAGUGCAGACGUUGGAGUUUCUUAUGGUGUUCUUCAACGAGCUGACGCUGCUCUCCCUGGCGCUGCGCCGUCUUGCACAUCGGGGCGCAGCGGCGGCUUCCCCCGACGAUCACGCCGCAGAACGGGAGGAGGCGAGGCAGGAGCAGGAUGACGAGUUGGAGGAUAUGAAGAUGAUAUGCAAAGUCAUUACGUGGAAUCGCAUGGCCGAGAUGCACGGGGCGUUUCAACUCCGGAUCAUGGUGCUGCAGAUGAAGUCGCUGGCGAAUCGGCGCUUUCGCCAACUCUCCGUGUCGCUGCGGGCCCUGGAGGAGGAGCACCCGAGCUUAAGGGAGGCGGACUCGGUAGAAGAGCUGCAGCGCAUUUUAUUAGAACUGAACCCCUACGAGUAA